AUGAACAUUAGAAUUCUUGUAACUACUUUAAUAUCAUGUUUAGUAAUCUUUCAAGCCACAAUUUUAUCGGUUGAGGCUUGUUCUUUCUUGUUGAAGGGAGAACAACAAUGUACUCAUUGGUCCUAUCAGAAAGCUGCUAUAUGGCAACAGGAAUGUCCAUUCUCAUCAUGUGGAGGAAGAUCACAAUCACCCAUUUCUAUUUCACUCUAUCAAACGACACUCUAUGAGACCUAUUUCAUGAAUGCCAAGGCACAGAGUUUGAUCAUGUAUGAUUUCUCUACGGAUGAUAAGAGAUUGAUUGUGUUUAGGGGAAUUGAUAACUUUUUUCAACAAUUUAGCUUUUCUGUCAUUAAUAAUAAUCAUACUAUUGUGAUGGAGAGUGUGAAUGAGGAGUCAAUUUCGAUUGAGAGAUCAUUUUGGAUUAGAAAUAAUACUUGGCAAACGUUUAAUUCGAUAACAGUGCCAUAUUAUUUGAAACAAUUUCACUUACAUUCACCUUCUGAACAUUUGGUCAAUUCUGAGAGUUUUGAUUUGGAGUUACAUUUGGUUUUCCAAAGAAAUGAUCUUCCUUCAAAUACAAGUGAAGCUCUAGUUCCAAAACUUGCUGUUGUUGGAAUAUUGUACAAGGUUCUUUUGGGAGCUAUUGAUAAUCCACUUGUUGACAUUGUCAUUCAAAAUGUUUUACAGAAACCAAGAGUUAUUGGAAAGCCAAUUCCAACCACUGUUACAGGAGGAUUAUUAUUCGACCUAGUUACUGCACGUCAACAAUUUGAUCCACUUUAUUCAUACUUUGUUUACAAUGGAAGUUUAACAACUCCAAAUUGUAAUGAAAAUGUCAUGUGGAAUUUGAUUAAUCCAAACAUUAUGAGUGGUGGUUAUCAUUACAUUUCCUCCAGACAAUUAACAACAUUACAACAACUCAUGAAUCAAAAUAAGCCACACAUUGCAGAAGGUGCCAACUUGGGAAAAGUUCAAAUUAACACUGGCUCUGCCUAUAUUGGAAAUAAUAGACCUUUACAACCUCUGAAUGGUAGAACCAUCAUUAAUAUUGUAAAGAAAUUACUGUAA